AUGCAACUUGUGCAGCUUUUACAGUUCCUUCAUGAUAAAAACCCUCAAGUCCGUCAAAUUGCACUCGCCAAUCUAGUCGGACAUACAACCAAGGGCUCGCUGAAUAGGAAUAUAUUCUUUGCUGGACUUGGAGCCGGGGGGCUGAGCAAGGAUAACGAAAAUGAUUGUAUCCGAGACUUGAAGCUACUUUGCCGUGAUCAGUUGGUAACAUGUUCAACUUUGUUAUCUCUGAAGAUACCGGUUAUACCUCUACCGAUUGGCUCGCCCCCGUAUUAUCCGACUCAGUCACGAUCUGGGACAAGCCCAUCUCCAUCCCCGUACCCUUCUGGAGAUUCAAAAGACGUACAAGCACUACCACUAUUAGUCCAGGCAUUUUCACAGAGUGGGACUUCUAGUGCACCUACGGAGCAACGGAUACGCAAGGCGGAUCUCCACUUUCUUUCCAGUGUGUUUGCAAAUUUAAGUAUGGCCUCUUCUGGCCGUUCGUUCUUCCUUACUCCAAGACCUACCAACGUUCUUGCAUCGGAAACUGUCGGUGAACUUGAAUAUCCCUUGCUACAACUUAUCGCUUUCACCGAACACGCCGAUACAAUCAGACGGGGUGGAGUUGCCUCAACAAUAAAGAACUGUGCUUUCUAUAUCCCUGCACACAAAGCAAUGCUCUACCCAGAGACAGAGGCAGUAGCGGUCCCCCCGUCAAACGUAGAGGCACCGGGAAUGAACAUUUUACCCUAUAUCUUGCUGCCAUUGGCUGGUCCAGAAGAGUUUGAUUUCGAGGACCAGGAAAAACUCCCAGCAGCUCUCCAGCUUCUCCCAGAUACGAAGAAGCGAGAACAGGAUGCAGUCUUGCGUCGUACGCAUGUCGAGACGUUGAUUCUCUUCUGCACAACUCGAUCCGGAAGAGACUACCUACGCAAUAACGGUGUCUACGAGGUCGUUCGCACUUUGCACCUAGUUGAGCAGAAUGAAAUUGUUAGAGAAAAUAUCGAGAGGCUGGUUAAUUUAUUGAAGGGUGAUGAGAGACCAUUGGAAGAAGUAGAUAGCGACGGCUGGAGCCACGGUAAACUCGCAUUGAACAACAUGGAUUCACCACAAGGUCCAGACGUAGGGGGGAAUACCGAUCAAGGCCGAGCGGAAGUCCGUAAUACCGCUCCGCCGAGAUCUCCGCCGGACGAAAACGACGAGGAUAAAAUCAUAGAGAUAUAAGUCGGGUUUAAACAUACGGUGAUAUCAGCUUGACUUUGCAAAACUUGUUUCUGUGGUGAUGGGGUAGACAACGGAAAAGGAAAAGAAGCUCUACCUCUGCAUCGCUUCACUAGAGAAGUUCCGACGAACGAUGUUACGUUCUAACCUUGCAAGCAAUCCAGAGUCUAGACUUCACCGAUCGGACGAGUGAGUCCGCGGCACGAUAUGGAACGCAAGAAGCAUAUAUGCAAUACACCCGCAUGAUUCGUUUCGUAGGUGCGCCGUACAUGUCGCGUCUAUUGUACUCUGAGAGCAGCGGGUAAAUGUGAAUAU